AUGCUACGUCCGAGGACGUCGAAGCACACCGUCAGGCGGAUGAGAGAGCCAGCGAGGAUCGUCAAUGAAGAAAGUGGGCUGAAGGAAGACGAUGGUUAUGUUGCACCCGCUCAAUACACUGGGGCUGCCGUCGUUGGAAGGGAAAUCUCUGGUGCAGCUGCGAUGGUCAUCGCUGGAGCUGGUAUCUGGGGCAUUGCCCUCAUGUAA